AGAUGCGAAAGGCUUGGCAGCGCCCAUAUCGCGACUCCACUGACCCGGAACAGCCAACCGUCUCAUCGCGCGGAACGUAGUCGAUAUUCCUCGACUCAAUACUCCUCGUGGAGCUCACGCACACGCGUCGCGGUGACCUCAGCAAACUCUGCAACCGUAUUCUAUGCUUGGGCAUCCCUUCCAUAAUUGAAGCUUAUUCCUCAUAUUUUUGAAUGCCCGGACCGGACACGACCGGUUUGGCGUUUCUCGGCCUUCCGUUCUUCCGUUUUGGAAUCUAAACAUCCCCGACGCGAUCGAACAUCGGACCCGACGAAAGUGAACUGAAGGGCCUCUAGCAACUCAACAGAACCUAUCCUUGCUCGCCAUGGCCGCGGCGCCGAUAGCCGUCUCGCACCUAGAUCACUUCGUCAUCACCGCGUCCGACAUUGACGCGACGAUCGCCUUCUACGCGUCCGCGCUCGGGAUGCGAGUCGUCUCGUUCGCGAACGGAGAGCGGAGAGCGCUGCAUUUCGGCAGCCAGAAGAUCAACCUGCACCAACAAGGGAAAGAAUUCGAACCGAAAGCCCGCGUGGCUACUCCGGGAUCGCAAGACCUCUGCUUCAUCACCACGACCCCCAUCUCCGGCGUCCUAUCCCACCUUGCGUCGCUGGACAUCCCCGUCGUCGAAGGUCCCGUUAAGCGUACAGGGGCGCAAGGACCGAUGCUGAGCGUGUACGUGCGCGAUCCGGACGGAAAUCUGGUCGAGAUCGCCAACUACGAAGAGGGUGCUGAGGCCUGA